GGGACGUUCUCAGCUUUAGUGAAAUAUUUGCAGGAAGUUCUGCCAGAGCUUCUCCUCCUCCUCCUCCUCCUCCUCCUCCCUACACCUGCUCCCACUCCAGUCUCGGCUGGGAGUCCCUCCCGAUGGCAGAUUCCCGCGAUCCCAGCCAGUUCCAGGCGGUGGAUCUGAGCAGCGCGGCGGGGAUUGACAGCGGAGUUGCGUGCGGCCCGGAGUUUCCAGCGGACCGAAUGCUGAGCGCGGGGAGCUCGGCAGCGACUGGAGCUGGAGGAGGGAGCGACUCUCAAGCGGGUGGCCAGAGCCUGGCUGAGAAAGAUGCUGAAGGGCCAGUUCCAGCAUCCCCCUCCGUCACGGAUUACAAACUGAGGAAAUUCUUCGUGCUGAGGCCAGGAACAUUUGACCAAGCAUUGACAGAUAUUAAAACACAAAUAAGCCAGAAAGACGAUGGAGCUUUAAAAAGUACCUGGCUUCUGACUGAGAUCGAUCACUGGAACAAUGAGAAGGAACGUAUUGUGCUGAUCUGUGAGAAGUCCCUACUCAUCUGCAAGUACGAUUUCAUGGUUCUCACAUACCAGUACUGCCGGAGGGUCCCACUCAAUUUCAUCGACAGGAUCUAUUACGGAGAAUUCACUUUUCCUGAACAUUCCAUCAGCAGGAGAGACGGUAAAGGAGUUCGUCUUCAGUGGGACAAGCUGCGGGAGGCAUCCUUCAUUUCCCGCUGGAAUCCUUGGAGUGACGAGAUUCCAUACACAACCUUCGCUGAACAUCCAGCCAUAGCUGCCAAUGAAAGGUUCACCAGCCUUUGUAAGCUUGAAAGCUUCAAAGCAGAGCUUGCUCUGGCUGUCCAAAGAGCCUAUCAAAUGGAGCCAGUUCCUGGCAGGGCUAAUGGAGCGCUUGUAUUGGAUUAUCCAAUCCCCAUUGAUAGUUAUGUUGGGGUUGUGUCUCUCAUCAGCAACCAGAACAAGCUGGGGUAUUCACUGGCUCGGGGCUCUGUGGGUUUCUAGUCUGAUUGUAUUUCCUUUUGUGUGUGUAUUUAAUUUUGAAGGUUUCCUUUUCAUCUUGUGAUUGUUUCUUCAUUCUGAUCUGGUUUAUAAUUAAAUUGGUUGAAAUUUUGAGAACACAUAUCAAAGCCCCAAAACCACUGACAUCAUGGCACAUGAAGUUCUUAUCGAAACAAUCAUUAAAACUACCGAUUUUACUCUAUAAAGUGAGUGCGGAAUCCUAUCGAAUCACACAAUUCUAUAAAUAGGAGAUGAUUGAGAAUAUUAGACAGACAAAUACAGAUGUCCUAAGACAGUAACACGACACAAGAGUUAAAAUAACAUUGAUAAAGAGCUGAGCCAUUUCUUGUGGUUUAUUAUUUUAUGUUGCUUUAUUCCUGGGUGUAUUAGUGUGUCAGUACCAAGACAUUUACAAAAGCUUCUGUUAAAACAACGUACUGUGGAUACAUUUCUUGUAUGAUUCUCUUAACUCUGCCUGAAUCCCUAAAGGAUUUUUUUACAGCAGUCCUUCAUGUCUCAACCAUCUGAUUCUUAAUUUAUUGUCAGUGUGCUGUCUCUGUAGGUUGUGACUUUUUAAUGUCUUUGACUAAUGAAUGUAUUUCUGGACAGGGCUGAAUAAAAGAGGAAUCUAUGA